GAGAGCUUUUGCUCAUAUAUUACUUAACCCAUAAUAAGGAGCAACAGAAGUUCCUCUUCUAUGUCCUUUGUGCCUAGUAAAGCAAAAGAUCUGCCCUUGUGCAAUACCGUCUUCUCAUUUUUAGUUGGGAACUUUUCUUUCUUGAUCUGCCAGACAGAGAUGGAGAAAGUUGUACAUCUCAUCUUCCUGGUCUCCUUCUCAGAAGCAUACGCGACUGAGAAUGUUGCACUGCUGUACGGCAUUGAAGGGGAAUCCAUCACCAUCAACUGCACCUACCGCCCCAAGGAGAACCAGUGGAGAGAGAAGAGUUGGUGCAAGCACAUCAGUACAACGGAGUGUCAACAUGUUGUCAGUGCCCGCCGUUUUUGGAUGCCCUUCCUCAAGAGGAAGAACGGCACCACAGCCAUCGCCGACAACAUCCAGGAUGGGAUCCUCACGGUGACCAUUAACCCACUCCACAAGCAGGAUGCUGGUGUGUAUCAGUGCAAGACAGAAUUCUUGGGGGUUGUGAACACCCUGCAGACGGUGAAGCUGAAAGUUCUGUCAGACCUAUGGGAGACCAAGACACCAGAGGAGCCUAGAGCAGUACACAGCAUCUCCAGCACCCCAUCGUAUGAAGAAGGCACUCUCUACUUCCUUGUGGCUGGAUUCCUGGGUUUCAAACUCCUGGUUGCUGUAGUCAUCUUAAUUAUUGCCAAGAGCAAGAAGAGCAGAACGACAGGGGAUGAGAGCAGAGGAGAAAAUGGGCAUCAGCUCCUCCCAAUUACAGCAUAACCGGAAAUGGUUGUCAUAACGGGACGUGAUGGAAGGAAGGCGAAGAACAAGUAAGAAUUCACAGAUAGGUGCAUGGAAGUGUCUCCAACAGACAGGAUGAGAAGGAACUGCUUGCUUUAUCCUGUGCCCUAUGCCCAAUGCAAAGACUGCUGCAGUUUCGCUUGUAAAGCCAGACUUUGCCAGCUAGACAAACCAAAACCGCUUUGCUAUAGAGACUGUCAAAUGGUUGCUCCAUGCUGAGGCACUUUUAACUAUACAGUAUCAUGGGAACAAACCAUUAAAAAUGUAGCUCUCUCUCUCUCUCUU